CUCCCCUCUGAUAUGUUCUGGAGGCUGGGACAGCGAAGUCCGUGCAUGUUCGGCGACUAUUUCGGUUUUUGCUGGGUGUUUCUCGUUGCGCCUGUUGUCGUUAUUCUGCUCGCAAUGUCCACGAAUGCUGGCGAUAGUGAGGAUGCGAAAUAUGCAUCUGUUGAUUUCGAAAUAUUUGGAAACGUGCAGGGUGUGUGCUUCAGAAUGUAUACUGAGGACCAUGGCAAAAAGCUGGGCGUUAAUGGCUGGGUGAAGAAUACUCGACAGGGAACGGUGAUCGGUCAGGUGCAGGGCCCACCGGACAAGGUCAAAGAGAUGAAGGCGUGGCUGAGCAGAGUGGGCAGUCCCAGCUCCCGCAUCGACCGUGCCGAGUUCACCAAUGAGAAGGUCAUUUCCAAACUGGAGAUCCAUGGCUUCGGCACCCGUUAUUAAAAUAUGAAGCCCCCUACCCCAAAGCACAACACUGGAUAAGGGACGGCAAGGUUAACUGUAGUCUUGCUCAAGUACUGUAGAUUUCUGUUCUCUUUUGAAUUAAAGGUAAACUAUGCAGGUUUUUUAGCUUAAUAUGCAGGUUUUUUAGCUUAAUAUGCAAGUUUUUUUUUAGCUUAAUUUACCUUCAUUUAACAGCUUCAG